CGACUUUGAAUCAUUGUUGAGGCAGUGGCAACGCGUGUGGAUUUGUGAUUGAACGCGAUAAUGUUACAUUUCUGGGAUCUGGUUGCAUAAUCUUGCUGCUAAGCGGGCGCGCAUCAGGAAUGUUGACGCUUCCAGGGUCAGGCUGCAUUUGAACUGGAUGAAUAUGAUAUCGCAAUGCUAACCUUGACAAUCGUAACAGAUAUCAACAAACCGGUCCGCCAGCAUUUGGACUCGGAAGAAGAGGGCCCAAUGAUUGACAAGCAACAGGUAUAAAAGUACUUGUUCCACGUGCUUCGUCAGUACACAAUUGCAACAGUUCAAAUUGUCAAUAUCUGGAAAAGCAUAUCAUCGUAAACUUCAAUCAUGAAGCUAGCAGCCGUUCUCGUAGUUGCCCUGGCAUGUGCCACCUUUGCGACCGCCAAACCAACCCUGCUGACCAAGAAAAUUCUACUGAAAAAAUACGCUCUACCCCGGUACAUUUCCGGGGGAAGCUUCAGCUUGCCACAGCUCCCGAGCCUGUACAUUCCAUUUCCCUUCUCCUCGUUCUGGCCGGCAUCGAAAUCGUCCUCCGAGCCUGCCCCAACGAUCGUCUACCACUCCCUGGAGGAACCUCAAGAGGAGCCGCAAAACCAAGAAACUCAUCCCGUCCCAGAAGCCGAAAAAGCUCAAAUCAACGUUCUGGAAGACAUCAACCAUGCAUCAUCCCAGCAGGUCUACCAAGAACCCUUGAGCAACGCCAUCGAUCUGCGCUCGCCGGUCUACAUCGCCGAAACUCUAGCAGUCCGACACGAGGCCCCACUUCCGGUCGGCUACCAGGAAUCGGUGCACAUCCGGAAUGUUGAGCCAGCUCCGGGAACGCAGUAACGGGUGUGUCGGUUUUUUUUUUGUUAGCUAAUGAGUGUGAAUAAAUUUGUUUUUGUACAA